GAACUCAAGGAGCUUAAAGCGUCUCUUGAUAAGGCUAACAAGCAAAAUGCUCUACUUCAGAAAGAACUACUUGGGACUAAAACAAAACUAAACGAGCAGACGGAAAGGAUCGACUCGUUGAUUGAAUCGCUUGAUAACCUCGAGUAAUAUUCGAGAAAAAAUUCCCUGGAAAUACAUGGUAUCCCGGAAAAUAUUUACACCUCAACGGAAGAAGUUGUUCUCAAGGCUGUUAAUGUCCCUGUUGCUGCGGAGGACAUCGAAAUCUCUCACAAGCUAAGACGACGAAAUGGUAUGAAGCCUAUAAUUGUAAAAUUUUGUAGCCAUAAAGUGAAGUCUCGGCUAUAUAAAGAGCGAACGAAAUUGAAGUCAGUAAAGAUAUCAGAUUUAUAUCCCAGUUAUGCCUCAGCAGCAACAAAGCAAAACCGUAUAUUUAUCAACGAAAACCUCACACCUUAUAGGGCAGACUUAGUAAGACAAGCGAAUGAUGUGAAGACUGAUGGGCUUUUAUCAAGUGUUUGGACACUAGACGGAAAGGUCUUUGUUAAAACUUCACCAUCAGGUAAUCCUGUUAGAAUUUACUCUGAAGAUGAUCUUGAUGAAUUAUAA